CAAUAUGGACUCCAAUCUUUAGGACUGUUGGCAGCACACAGGACACUCCACAUGUCUUGUUAAGGUUGGCGGUGCAUCCAAAGACCACCCAUGCGGAAUAUCCUUCGUGAUCGCGUGUAAGCGAUUGGAUUUGUGAGCUCAGUCAGUCUUUUAACGGUGAAAAGGCUACAAACGAUCAGUUGGGAUUUGAACGAUUAGAACCUCUCUACCUAUCAAACUAGCUGACUGUACCGGAGGAGAGCCCAGCUCUGUGCGUCAAGCGAAAACUAAUGCUUCAUAGAUUGGGAGAUAGUGUUGGCGACGACCGGGUGAGACUUACCAGCUCAGCUCAAACAACACGAGGGUUGCGUGUGCACGGUUAGUUCCUCCCUUGUCAUCCCGGCUUGAAGGCACGACUAAGUGAGUGUCUCCCCUCAUUAGGAACCGCACACUCCUGUAUAAGUGUUGCUCUGCUGGUUUGCGGACGCCAAGGAACAUCACCAAACCUUCGUUGCCCUGUCUUAAUUGUCGUCAUACCUGCUAUAGACUACUAGACUGAAAUAAUCACCAGAACGACUUCCAACCCUCGGGCAUUUGCAUGCAAAAUGGCGGAUGUAGAGUUACAAAUGGACAGUUUCUACUAUUACUACCCCAAUACGACCUAUCCCGAGCCUCAUCCGGGGCCAGCAGGUGUGAUUGUCCCCGUCACCCUCGCCAUUAUCACCAUCCUGGCCCUGUGGGGAAACUCCUUGGUCAUCUUCAUUGUCCUACGCUACCGCAACAUGCGCAGCAGUGUCACCAACUUCUACAUCAUGAAUGUCGCCAUCAGCGACAUUGUCUUUGUCGUGGUCUGUGCCCCACUGACGUCGGUCCUGUUUGCCACCACUCAUUGGCCCUUCGGGGAAUUCUUCUGCAAGCUGAACGCCUACGUCCAAUGUGUGUCGGUCCAGGCGACAUGCACGACACUGACUGUCAUGACGGUUGAUAGGUACUACGUCAUCAUGUGUCCGCUCUCUUCACGGCGCACGCGCACCAUCUUCAGGGCUGGGGUGGUGUGUGCGUCCAUUUGGAUAUUUUCUGCCAUUGUCCACAUCCCAAUCGCCUUCUUGUUUGACGUUGAGGAGCAGUGGUACUACGGCAAGCUCAGGGAAUACUGCCUGUUCAGUCUAGAAGAUCGAUACGCCAUUAUUGGCUACUAUCUUUACAUGUGCCUGUCCACGUUUGUCAUACCUCUCCUUAUCAUUGCCGUGUGUUACAUCCUGAUCUUGUCACACCUGUGGAAGCUGAGUCGGGUGAGUAGGACCAGGGAGCCUUCCUCGAAUGCUGGUUACGGCCCACUGUCUCAGAACCCUCGCUCUGCCGGCCUUCCCCCGGCCCAGAGCUCGGCGCGCACCGCUAGUAAAACCUGGAAGACGACCAGGAUUGUACUGUGUGUCGUCAUGCUCUUUGCCGUGUGUUGGGCUCCCAAACAGGCCCUCAACGUCUGGAACGCUUUUGAUCACGAAACCCACCGAGCAUCUUUCCACAUCUUCAACGCCAAUGUUUUCUGCUUGUGUCUGACGUACGCCAACUCUUGCAUUAACCCGUUUGUGUACGCCCUCGCGGGCACCAGCUAUCGACACCACCUGCGCCAGAUGGUGUCGGGAAACCCAAAGAGAGGGCGCUCUGUCAACAGUCGAUUCUCACCAACAGGGGGCGCUAACUCUUCAUACCGGUCCGAGAUGUACCGGUCGCCACGUCGUUUGUCUCGCACUGAGGCGACGUCUGUGAGCACGUGCGUUUGAAAUCCACCCAAUCACCAGUAGGAACUACAUUUCCAUGUAGAGGUGGCCCAUGAAAGAACUAGUAGUUGAUACGUGACGCGGCAUGCAGAGCCGAUAGCAUGUUUUUCACUGAUAUACAGUCUCCACAACAGUCGUUAUUAUUUUGCUCACAUCUGAGCUUUGAGCAUGAACCCAUAAUUUGAAAUUUGACUGGGGAUGAUAUUAAAGAAGAGAUUUACAAUUUCAUCACGUCUUUAUCAAAGGGUUUUCCCAACAGAAACGGUGUUGGUAAAAUUGGCAACCAUAGCAUUGACAGAAUUAUUACAAAGUAUGAUCAUUCACGAUGGUCCAUAAUUUGUGUUGGAGCUAUCAAGAUAUAAACCUCUUACAUUAGAAAUUAAGUUGAUCGUGACGAUUAAAUGUCUUUUACUGUUCGUAUUUGUAACAACAGGUGCACAUAUUGUAUAAUGUAGAUAAUGAGCGUUUAUAUUCGAAAUGUGAAAGAAGUCAGUUUGUGCACAGGAACGUAGAACCAUAUGUACCAUUUAUUGUAAAAGUAUUUACCUCCGCUGUUACAGCCCGUCUGCUAUUAUAUGUUCGGCUAUUACAUGUUUCAACUGGCCUUAUCUUUUUGUUUGUCUCUAAUGAUUUUUCCCCGUACAACCCACUAAUUUACAGCCAGUUUUAAAAAUGUUUAGGAUUGUUUAGUCUGCAACUACUCUGCACUCAGCACAAUGGAUCCUUUUUGUCCUUAAAAGAGAUCCUAUGUACAGACAACAUACUUGUUUUUAUGAACGAUGUACAUUACCUACCGCUGCCGACAACUUUAUUUAUUGCAAGGAAUGUUAUUCUUCCUGCCAUUUUUCUUUUCGUCGGGGCCUAGUUUCGAUUGUUAUUUAAUUAAAUGGUUGAACAACAAUAUGGCAAACAGAAAUGUUUUGAACCCGAGUAUAUUUCACAACCAUACUUUGCUCGCAUUAUUUUUUUUU